CACCAGCACCUUUGCAGGGAGCAGCCACAGCAGCAGCAAUCAAGCAGCUUUUAGGGUCGUUCCUGGCAAACUCCAUGAUGUGGGAGCUCCGUUCCGUAGCCUUCACACGGGCUGUCUUUGCUGAGUUUCUGGCCACGCUGCUCUUCAUCUUCUUUGGCCUGGGCUCUGCCCUCAACUGGCCUUUGGCCACCCCAGAUGUCCUGCAGAUCUCGCUGGCUUUCGGCUUGGCCAUCGCAACACUGGUCCAGGCCCUAGGGCACAUCAGCGGGGCGCACAUCAACCCAGCGGUGACAGUGGCGUGCCUGGUAGGCUCUCACAUCUCCUUCCUCAGAGCUGUCUUCUAUGUGGUGGCGCAGCUUCUGGGGGCAGUCGCCGGGGCAGCUCUCCUGCAUGAGCUCACCCCACCGAACAUCCGGGGACACUUGGCCGCCAACAGGCUACACAACGACACGACUCCAGGCCAGGCUGUCACCGUCGAGCUGUUCCUCACCUUUCAGCUGGUCCUGUGCAUUUUUGCUUCCACCGAUGACCAGAGAAGCGAUAAUGUCGGCUCUCCGGCCUUGUCCAUCGGCCUUUCUGUCGCCGUGGGUCACUUACUGGGGAUCCACUACACCGGCUGCUCUAUGAACCCCGCCAGAUCUUUCGCCCCAGCUGUGAUAGUAGGAGACUUCAGCUCCCAUUGGGUCUUCUGGCUGGGGCCCUUGGCUGGUGCAGUGGUGGCCUCGCUGAUCUACAAUUAUAUUCUCUUCCCACACACCAAGACCCUAUCAGAAAGACUCGCCAUCUUCAAAGGCCUUGAGCCUGAGGAGGACUGGGAAGAGCGUGAUGUUCACCGGAGGCAGUCGAUGGAGCUGCACUCCCCGCAGACUCUGCCAAGGGGGGUGACAGAGAAAGUCUAGCUAAGCCCCCAUGGGCUUCAAAAGGAGCUAGCCAUGUUCUCCGGCAUCUCUUUUAGACCAGCACACGUUCGGACGAGUGACAAAUGCACUUUCCCCACGUUUGCCGCAGAGUAAAGCGGCCAGAAGUUGCCCCAAUGAGCCGUAAAAGGUUUACUCCCGUUGUUAGCUGUGCCCCAUUCCCUGGGCAAUUCACUUAACCUUCCCUAUGCUUGCCAGCUUUCCACCUUUACGGUCUGUCAACAACCCCUUGCCUGAACCAAACAUCGGCUCUGCCUACAGAACAUACUGACCCCUAGCGGCCUCAGGAUGGCAACCCCAGGAGGCAGAACCUCUGGGCCCGAUUCCUAUCUCUGCCACCAAAUGUAAUUUGGCACAUCGCUUCUUUUCUCCAUACCUCAGUUUCCCCAUUUGUAGAAGGAGGGUAAUACUACUUCCCACCUCACUGAGCUCUCGUGAUGGAUUAACAUUUGCUGAGCACUUGAAAGCGCUAUAUAUUAGCGUUGUUUUUAUUACUGUUGCCAUUUAAUGGAGCAGGGAGAUUGCUACCUAUUCUGGUCCGCUCCCCUGGUAUCUCACACUUCUCUCACUGCUAUGGCUGCUUGGACCCAGACUGGAGUGUGUCCCAUGUAACGAGCAGCAAGCGUCUCAUCAUCCAUCCUAUCAGGAGAGCUUUGAUAAACUUCAUCUGGCUGGUUCCUCCAGUGUGCCAGCUCCCAUGUUUCUACGAAGAACUACAGCCCCUCUGUAUUCCCCAGAGCCAUCUCCCAGCUUGUUCCCUAGACAUUUGCCUCCAAGUCUAAUUCACUGUAUGCCCAAUCUCCUUCUUAUUCCUUAUUAAAUUGUCACAGGCAUCCUUGUGAGGCUCUUAAAUCCCACCCCAGAGGUGGCUGCAUUUCCCCCGGCAGGUAAAGCAGCGGUGGCUUAACCCGUUCUAUGUCAGGACUAAAAAUAUGGCCCCUUGCCCCCCAAGCCUCUUCUUCCAUUCAGAAUAGUUUUAAAACAAAAACAAAAAACUUGCCCUGUCUCUCUGUAGAUUGAACUAAAGUGAUAGAGUUCACUGAUUUAAAAUGUGAUUUGAGUCAGUUGCAAACAAUAUCAUUUAAAUCACCAAUUUUCUUUUCUUUUUAAAAAAAUAUUUAUUUUAGUUACUUUCCUAAGGAAAACUUAAUUCUCACUGACUGACAGAAGAGCCCAAGGAUCUUGUCCAAAAUUUAUCCUCGCAAUCAGCUGGCAUAAAUAAUGACUGUAUAUAUUUAUUCAGAUUCUUCAUUUUUACAUUCCAGUACUAACCAAUAUCAGUGACUGUUCUCUUUCUGCUAUAGACAUUUUAACUUAUUGUUCAUUGUGAUUGUGAGUAAAGCUAAAAUGAAAUGGAACAAAGCCAUGAAAAUGAUUUUUUUAAAUAUAUUUGAAUAUUUGUUGUAUUAAUUUCAAAUAAAGCACUUUAAAUUUG